AGCCGCCGGUCCGUGAUGACAUCCGUUUGCGACCUCCCCGAGGAUGUCCUGGUGGAGCUGCUGUCGCUGCUGCCAGCCCGGGAUCUGGUGUGCACUUGCAGGUUGGUCUGCACGCAGUGGCGGUACGUGGUGGACCUGACCACCCUAUGGAAGCGCAAGUGCCAGCGGGAGGGCUUCUAUCUUCAGAACUUGGACAGGAACAUCUCUGACUGGAAGACCUUCUACAUGCUCUGCCACUUGAAGAGAAACUUAAUCAAAAACCCCUGUGCAGAAGAGAAAUUUCAGCACUGGAAACUUGACCGUAAUGAAGGAGAUAAAUGGAAGAUUGAGAAUCUGCCUGGAGCUCAUGGACAAGGCAUGCCAGACCCCAGAGUACUCAAAUACUUUGUCACUUCAUUUGGGCCAUGCCUGAAGUCUCAACUCAUCACUCUGAAGAAGGAGGGAUACUGGAAUGAGUUGAUGGAUGAGAAACGCCCUGAAAUUGUAGUCAAGGACUGGUAUGCUGCCAGAUUUGACUGUGGGUGUCGCUAUGAACUCACCGUGCAGCUGCUCUCUGAAGACUACCUUGUCCUGGAGGAGUUCUGCCCUGAGCCAGUGGUUAUAGAGCAGUGGAGUGAUGCAAUGUGGAGAGAGAUCUCCCACACCUUCCGGAACUACCCCCCUGGAGUUCGCUACAUCUUGUUCCGGCACGGAGGCCAAGACACCCAGUUCUGGGCAGGAUGGUAUGGGAUCCGAGUGACCAACAGCAGCAUCACCAUUGGGCCCCUGACAUCGUUAUGAAGGCACAAUCCCAGUGUUUGCUUUUACCUCAGGACUGUGACAAGG